AUGUUUAAAGCAGGUCUUCCACGCUUCCACAAUCCGACCAGUCAUGGUAUACGAUGGGUGGUACCUUUUUUCAAGCACACCCCCACUAUUACCAAUCGUUCAUAUUCCAUAGUUCCAUCCCAUAACACAAUUUCGUCUUCAUCAUACCAGACAACCUUAUGCCAGGCACACUUAUUCCAGAAUACGCUUCGAACUACUUCGUUUCUAGGGGUCAACCCAUCUACUAAACAUGCUACCCUAACCUUCCCUGAAACCUUGACACCCAAUGCGGUCCUAGCGAACCCUAACAUUACAUUUCAACCAGUUCCAAUCACUGACUCCCAAGAACCCCUACAAAACGUUACCAUGCACCUGGAUAGUGUGAUGCGUAAAAGACGUAAGAAGAUGAAGAAACACAAGCUACGUAAGCGUCGUCGUAAGGAAAAGGCUGAGCGUAGAAAGUUGGGUCAAGGUCGUUAA